AUGGCUCAUGUCCUUCCAUCUUGGCAGGAUGGGACUACGGCUCAAGACCAACCAGAAUCAAGGGACCAUGAGCAGCAACAAAACGGUGCCAGAGAGGGGGCGCCGAAGAGCACAGAGCUCAUACACCAACCAAAUCCUACACUGCAGACCAAGCUGGAACUGAUCACUGUGUGUCAGCAAAAACUCAAAUCCAAAUUAGUUGAGAAGUAUAGAAGAGUUUCUGAAGGAAUUCAACAUACUGGAACUUUAAUACUUCUGAAUGAGAUCUACACUGAGCUCUACAUCACUGAGGGUUCGAGUGGAGACAUCAAUAGUGAACAUGAGGUGAGACAGAUCCAGACGGCAUCUGGGAGACCCACAACACAGGAGACGACCAUCAGAUGCAACAAGCUCUUUAAAGACGGGUCCAUCAGAACCGUUCUGACUACAGGAGUUGCUGGAAUUGGAAAAACAAUGUUAAUAAAAAAGUUUGUUUUGGACUGGGCUGAAGGAAAAGCAAACCAGGACGUGAUGUUCAUGUUUCCACUUCUUUUCAGAGAGCUGAACUUAAUAAAGGAAGCACAGCUCAGUCUGAUUCAUCUUCUUCAUCAGUCUUUUCCAGAAAUCAAAGAUUUACAAUCAGUUGACUUUGAUUCCCAGAAAGUUGUUUUUAUCUUGUGUGCCCUAGACGAGAAACGACUUCCCUUAGAUUUUCAGAAGAAUGAGAUCAUACGGGAUGUAACAGAACCAGCCUCCGUGGACAUUCUGCUGACAAACCUCAUCAAGGGGAACCUGCUUCCAUCUGCUCACCUCUGGAUCACCUGUCGAUCGGGAGCAGACGAUGAGAUCCCUCCUGAGUGUGUAGACCAGGUAACAGAAGUACGAGGGUUUAACGACAGUCAGAAAGAGGAGUACUUCAGGAAGAGGAUCAACGAUCAAAGUCUGGCCGAUAAAAUAAUCCGACAUGUGAAGUCUACAAGAAGCCUCCACAUCAUGUGCCACAUACCAGUCUUCUGCUGGAUUUCAGCUGCUGUUUUUGAGAGAAUGCUGAGUGGAGAAGAGAGUGGAGAGAUCCCCAAAACUCUGACUCAAAUGUUCACCUACUUCCUGAUCUUUCAGACUAAACACAAAGACCAGAAGUACCAGUUUGACGCUGACAAAACCAGACAGACUAUACUGGCUCUUGGAAAACUGGCCUUUCAACAGCUGGAAAAAAACACCAUCAUAUUUUAUGAAGAAGACCUGAGGGAGUGUGGCAUUGAUGUAAAAGAAGCUUCUGUGUAUUCAGGAGUCUGCACCCAGAUCUUCAGAGAGGAGUUUGGGCUGAACCUGUUCAGCUUUGUACACGUGACCGUUCAGGAGUUCCUGGCUGCAUUAUAUGCAUAUCUCACCUUCGUCAACAAAAACGUCACGGAAAAACAAACUACUGAUCUGUCUGAUCUUUUUAACCAGAAAACAAUGUCAGAAUUCCUCAAGACAGCAGUGAAGAAAGCUUUGCAGAAAAAGAAUGGCAACUUGGAUCUGUUCCUUCGCUUUCUUUUGGGUCUCUCACACAAGUCUAAUCAGAAUGCCUUACGAGAUCUCCUGCCGGAGACAGAGAUCAGCUCUCACAGCCAAGAGGACAUCAUCAAGUACAUCAAGAAAAAGAUCAAAGAUAAUCCAUCUCCAGAGAAAUCCAUCAGUCUGUUCCACUGUCUGAACGAACUGAAUGAUAACUCUCUAGUGCAGGAGGUUCAGAACUACCUGAACAGUGGAGAUGCCAAACGUCCAAACAGAAGCAGACUGUCCUCCUCUCAGUGGUCAGCUCUCGCAUUUGUGUUACUGAGCUCAGAUGAGGAACUGGAUGAAUUUGAUUUGAGGAAGUACGAAGCAUCGGAGAGGUGUUUUUUAAGGAUGCUACCAGUGGUCACAGCUUCCAAAAAAGCAAUGCUUAACGAGAGUAAACUUACGAAGAAAAGCUGUGAGGCUCUGUCCUCAGUUCUCAGCUCCUCCAGUCUGAUAAAACUAAACCUGAGUAAUAAUAAUCUGAAGGACUCAGGAGUGAAGAGGCUCUUUGCUGGAUUGAAGGACCCACCACAGUGUAAACUGGAGAUAUUGUGGCUGAGUGCUUGUAAACUUACGAAGAAAAGCUGUGAGGCUCUGUCCUCAGUUCUCAGCUCAGAGUCCUCCAGCCUGAUAGAACUAAACCUGAGUAAUAAUAAUCUGAAGGACUCAGGAGUGAAGAGGCUCUUUGCUGGAUUGAAGGACCCACCACAGUGUAAACUGGAGAUAUUGUGGCUGAGUGCUUGUAAACUCACAAAGAAAAUUUGUAGAAUUCUGUCCUCCAUCCUGAGCUCAGAGUCCUCCAGCCUGAAGGAUCUGAACCUGAGUAACAAUGAUCUACAUGAUUCAGGGGUGAAGCUGCUCUGUGAUGGACUGGAGAAUCCAAACUGUAAACUGGAGAUCCUGAGGUUGUCUAGUUGCAGGAUUACAGAUAGUGGUUUUACUGCUCUGGAUUCAGCUCUGAGAAAUAAUCGCUCUUCACACCUGAGGGAACUAAACCUGAGCAACAAUAAAGCAGGAAAAUCAGGAGAGAAGCUGAUCAAAGAUCUACAGGAGUAUUUACACUCCAGGCAUUAA